AUGUUCACCACCAAAAGAUCGCUAGAGAUCCCUCAUGACUACCCUAGCUGCACAAAACACAUGCAUCGUCAGUACCUUCUGUAUGAUGUAAAUCCUCCUGAAGGGUUCAACCUCCGCAGAGAUGUCUAUAUUCGCAUUGCUUCCCUUCUGAAGACCUUGCUGAAAAGUCAGAACUGGGUGUUAGUUCUGCCUCCCUGGGGACGUCUUUAUCACUGGCAGAGCCCUGACAUCCUUCAGGUCCGGAUCCCUUGGUCUGAGUUCUUCGACCUGCCAAGCCUCAACAGGAACAUCCCUGUCAUUGAAUAUGAGCAGUUCCUUGCAGAGUCAGGUGGACCCUUUAUUGAGCAGAUUUAUGUCCUACAAGGCUAUGCAGAAGGGUGGAAAGAAGGAACAUGGGAAGAAAAAAUAGAUGAAAGGCCGUGCAUUGAUCAGCUUAUGUACUCCAAAGACAAACAUGAGUACUACAGGGGCUGGUUUUGGGGUUAUGAGGAAACGCGGGGCCUAAAUGUCUCUUGUUUGUCUGUCCAAGGAUCUGCCUCUAUUGUAGCUCCCAUCCUUUUGAAGAACACUUCAGCACAGUCAGUGAUGUUAGACAGAGCUGAAAACCUUCUUCAUGACCACUACGGAGGGAAAGAUUAUUGGAAU